AUGGCUCCUAUCGUCUUCGCCAGAACUACGGCCCAAUAUCAAAAAGCCGGCUUUGAAAAGAACCAGGUUCAGAGGGCUCUUUAUGCUAGGAACACUAUCAAUCGCUACAAUAGAGAAGCUGAUAUCCAAGAUGACGCUGCCCACGACUCAUUUGGCAGGCCUAAUUUCAGUCAGAACUACAACCGUGGCCUCUGGUUUCAUCUUCGGAGGCUCCUACAAAGCGAUGAAGCUAUUGCCAACGCUAUUGAUCCCACCUGGCAACUCCUACCGUUCCCUGAAGAGCUCCAAGACUCUUUUGGCUAUAUGGAACUAGUGGACAUCUGUCUCUACUGA